UGGAAGAACAGUUGGAUGAGGAGGAGGCUGCCAGGCAGAAGCUGCAGCUGGAGAAAGUGACAGCUGAAGCUAAAAUGAAGAAAUACGAAGAGGACAUUUUGCUGCUGGAGGACCAGAACUCCAAGUUCCUCAAGGAAAAGAAGCUGCUUGAGGACAGAAUCAAUGAGGUGACCUCGAUGCUAGCUGAAGAGGAAGAGAAGGCCAAGAACCUGGGCAAGGUCAAAAACAAGCAGGAAAUGAUGAUGGUCGAUCUGGAGGAGAGACUGAAAAAAGAGGAGAAGACCCGACAGGAGCUAGAGAAGGCUAAGAGGAAGCUGGAUGGGGAGACGUCCGACUUUCAGGACCAGAUAUCAGAGCUUCAGUCCCAAAUAGAAGAAUUUAAAAUGCAGCUGAGCAAGAAGGACGAUGAGCAGCAGAUGAUGCAGGCGAGGAGCGAGGAAGAAGUCAGCCAUAAGAACAAUGCUCUGAAGCAGAUUCGGGAGCUGCAGGCACAGCUGUCUGAGCUGCAGGAGGACCUCGAGUCCGAAAAACAGGCCAGGAACAAGGCUGAGAAACUCAAGAGGGACUUGAGUGAAGAGCUUGAGGCCCUGAAGACUGAACUGGAGGACACCCUCGACACAACUGCAGCCCAGCAAGAGCUUAGGACCAAGCGUGAACAGGAGGUUGCAGAGCUGAAGAAAGCCAUCGAGGAGGAGACUAAAAACCACGAGGCUCAGAUCCAGGAGAUGCGACAGAGGCAUGGCACAGCCCUAGAAGAGCUGUCCGAACAGCUCGAACAGGCAAAGAGGUUCAAGGCUAACCUGGAAAAGACCAAACAGAGCCAAGAGACUGCCAACAAGGAGUUGACCAGCGAGGUCAAGAGCCUGCAGCAGGCAAAGCAAGAGUCCGAACACAAGAGGAAGAAGCUGGAGGCUCAGCUGCAAGAAUUCAUGGCCAGGGUCACUGAAGGAGAGAGGGCUAAGGGAGAACUGGCUGAGCGCUCACACAAACUGCAGACUGAGCUGGACAAUGUGUCUACCAUGCUGGAAGAUGCAGAGAGGAAGGGGAUCAAGUCGGCCAAAGAUGUCGCUGGGCUAGAGAGUCAACUGCAAGACACACAGGAGCUACUCCAGGAGGAGACCCGCCAGAAACUAAACCUCAGCAGUCGAAUCCGUCAGCUGGAAGAGGAGAAAAACACUCUGCAGGAGCAGCAGGAGGAGGAUGAGGAGGCACGCAAGAAUCUGGAGAAACAGAUGUUUACCUUACAGGCUCAGCUGUCAGAGAGCAAGAAGAAGCUUGAAGACGAUGUUGGAACAAUUGAAGGUCUGGAGGAGACGAAGAAGAAGCUGCAGAAGGACCUGGAACUGGCCAACCAGUGUCUGGAGGAGAAGACGAUCGCUUUUGAAAAAAUGGAGAAGACCAAGACUCGUCUGCAGCAGGAGCUAGAUGAUCUAACUGUGGACUUGGACCACCAGAGACAGAUCGUCUCCAACCUGGAGAAGAAACAGAAGAAGUUUGACCAGAUGCUGGCUGAGGAGAAGAGCAUCUCGGCUCGUUACGCUGAGGAGCGUGACCGUGCUGAAGCUGAGGCCAGAGAGAAGGAGACCAAAGCUUUGUCCAUGGCCAGAGCGUUGGACGAGGCACUGGAAGCCAAAGAGGAGCUAGAGAGGAUUAACAAGCAGCUCCGCGCUGAAAUGGAGGAUCUGAUGAGCUCGAAGGACGACGUGGGCAAGAAUGUCCAUGAGCUGGAGAAGUCGAAGCGCACGCUGGAGCAGCAGCUGGAGGAGAUGAAGACUCAGCUGGAGGAGCUGGAGGACGAGCUGCAGGCCACAGAGGACGCCAAGCUGCGCCUGGAGGUCAACAUGCAGGCCAUGAAAGCCCAGUAUGAGAGAGACCUGCAGGGCCGGGACGACCAGAACGAUGAGAAGAAGAGAGCACUGGUCAAGCAGGUGCGAGAGAUGGAGGCGGAGUUGGAGGAUGAGAGGAAGCAGAAAGCUUUGGCUGUGGCUGCUAGAAAGAAGCUGGAGAUGGACCUGAAGGAUAUAGAGGGUCACAUAGAAGGAGCCAACAAGGCUCGAGACGAAGCCAUCAAACAGCUGCGCAAGUUACAGGCCCAAAUGAAAGACUACCAGAGGGAGCUGGAAGACACUCGAGCUUCCAGAGACGAUAUUUUUGCCCUAUCCAAGGAAAACGAGAAGAAGCUCAAGAGCCUGGAGGCAGAGAUUGUACAGCUACACGAGGACUUAGCAGCGUCUGAGAGGGGACGACGCCACGCGGAGCAGGAGCGCGAUGAGCUGCAAGAUGAAAUCUCAAACAGCACCUCUGGGAAGACUGCUCUGAUGGAUGAGAAGAGAAGGCUGGAGGCUCGCAUCGCCCAGCUGGAGGAGGAGCUGGAAGAGGAGCAGGGCAACAUGGAGCUACUCAAUGACCGCUUCAGAAAGACAACCAUGCAGGUGGACACUCUGACUACAGAGCUGAGCGCAGAGCGCAGCACAGCCCAGAAAAGCGAAAAUGCUCGCCAGCAACUGGAGCGUCAAAACAAGGAGCUGCGGGCCAAGCUGGGCGAGCUGGAGGGUUCAGUGAAGAACAGGUUCAAGGCCUCUAUCACUGCCCUGGAGGCCAAAAUAGCACAGCUGGAGGAACAGCUGGAGCAGGAGGCAAGGGAGCGAGCGGCAGCCAACAAGAUCGUCAGAAGGACCGAGAAGAAGCUAAAAGAAGUCUGCAUGCAAGUGGAGGAUGAGCGUCGCCAUGCCGACCAGUUUAAAGAGCAAGUGGAGAAGGCCAACUCCCGUAUGAAGCAGCUGAAGCGGCAGCUGGAGGAGGCUGAAGAGGAGGCCACGAGGGCCAACGCUUCACGUAGGAAGCUGCAGAGAGAACUGGAUGACGCCACCGAGGCCAGCGAGGGCCUGAGCCGUGAGGUCCACACUCUCAAGAACCGCCUCAGGCGUGGUGGCCCCAUCACCUUCUCCUCCAGUCGCUCAGGCAGACGUCCGCUGCAGGUCGAGGGAACUUCUUCUUUGGACCUCCUGUCCGACGAUGAGCUGGAAAACAAGAUCACUGACAACAAUGCCAAUGAGACCCCAGCGCCACAAACAGAGUAGAAGAAAAGCCUUUGCCUUCCCUCAGUCAGCCCUAACAGACACAGCGGGACUCUCACAGCUUAAACAGGGACCCUCUUCUCAUCCCUGUGGCCACUUUAGCACAUAAAGUCCAAGACAUCCCCAGUUUGACUAGAUUUCCCUCUUCAAACUACAGGCAGCAUGACCUAAGCCAUCCUGACUUUCCUGUUCAACCUUAGAAGACACCAGCAGUUUGACCCCCAAUGCUCUCACCACCGCCCCACUAAAGACUGUAAGAAACGCCUUACUACUCCAGCUCUGUGCUCAGCUCCUCUAGUUGAUUUUCUUCUGCUGGACCACCGUUUAGCUCACAGGUGUCGAACUCCAGGCCUCGAGGGCCGGUGUCCUGCAGGUUUUAGAUGUUUCCUUGAUCCAACACAGCUGAU